AUGUUCUUCGGAUGGUCUGCCAAAGUUGCUCAUGAAUUCAGUGCAUUUCAUGCUAUAUUCAAUGCUGGUGGGGGCUAUGGCAUGGCUGCUUUUCACUCUUUAUGGCUACACCUUCCUUACAAGACAGUGAAUUCCGAGGAGUUUCCUUUGCCGGGCUUCCCCAAAGGUCACCGGAUUCACACCAAACAGUUACCAGAACAUUUUCAAGUGGCAAUGCCCGGUGAUUCAUGGUGCUCAUUUUCACAAGAUAUGUUUCGAGAUUGGUUGGAGAGUGAUGGGAUUUUGUUCAACACCAUAGAGGAGAUUGACCAUGUUGGGAUGGAGUAUUUUAGGCAGCAAAUUGGCUGUUCCGUGUGGUCAGUUGGGCCUAUUCUGUCUUCCUUGGGAAGCAAAGCUCGUGCUGGUGAUGACGCUGAAGCCACAAUGCAUCUUUGCAUGAAAUGGCUUGAUUCGAAGCCUGCAAAUUCAGUUAUUUAUGUGGCGUUUGGGUCACAAAGUGCACCAUCACCAUCACAAACAAUCCAGUUGGCCAUGGCUUUGGAAGCUUGUGGCAAAAAUUUCAUUUGGGUGUUUAGGCCACCAUCGAACUCAGUCACAGAUCAUGACCAUAAUGAUGGACAAUGGUUUCCGAAAGGCUUUGAGAGGCGUAUUCAAGAUAGCAACAAAGGGCUGCUAGUGCAACAAUGGGCACCUCAAUUGGAAAUUCUGUCCCAUAAAUCUCUCUGUGUGUUUUUAACCCACUGUGGAUGGAACUCAGUGCUUGAAGCUCUCAGCAAUGGAGUCCCAAUGCUUUCGUGGCCGAUGGGGGCAGAGCAAAACUUCAAUGCCAAGAUGUUGGAGGAAGAGAUGGGACUCUGUGUUGGGUUGGCAAGUGGGAGCAGUGAGGUUAAUCAUAAAGACAUGGUGAAAAAGAUUGAUUUGGUGAUGGGUGGGUCAACUAAAGGGAAAGACAUGAAAAACAAAGCUUGUGAGGUUAUGGAAAUGCUUAACAAUGCCAAGAAUGAUGAGAAAGGGUUCAAGGGGUCCUCAACCAAAGCCAUGGAGGAUUUUCUGUAUGCUGCAUUGUCAAAGUCUUUGCCUCCAAGUGGACAAACCACCGUGGUAUUCUCAUCUUCUUGUUGGCAGUGUAAAGAGUUGGGAAGUCCUGACCGAGAUGUUUGUGGCCAGGUUUGUUCAAACAAGUCGCAGUUACUAAGGGUAGACUCCCUACUGGCUUUGAAGAUUAGCGAUGGCGAAUGUCUUAGGGCCUAUGCUAAUAGAUACUCCGAGGUUUACAAUUGGAUCCCGGCUUGUAAUCAGGAGCUGGUGGUCGUUUCUUUUAAGAACCGCCUGGAUGAUGAUUGUCCUCUUCCAGAAUCACUUGCAAAGACCCUUCCGAAGAGCAUGGAAGAGCUUAUGGCACAGAUUGAGAAGUAUGCUAGAGCAGAGGAAGACACGAAAGGAAAGAAGACACCAAAGCAAGAAACGAGAAAUGGCUCGCUGAAGCGAGGCUGA